AUGGCGCUUCCGCCGUACCCCGCCGGCUGUCGCAGCACGGGCGCCGGUUUCACGUUCGGCGGCUUUGGAGGCAUCUUAGCCGCGUUUCUGAGUUCCACUAGUGAGGCGAUUGGCAGGGCCAGUAGCGGGGCGGGCUACAGCGGGGAUGGAGGUGGAAGCGGGGGAAGAUCAGGAAGCAGUUGGGCUUUGGAAUGGGAUCCCGCUGAAGCAGGAAGCAGCGGCGGCGGCGGCGGCGGCGGCGGCGGGGACGGGGGGAUGGGCGGCGGUUUAAGCAGCAGCAACAGCACGUUAUUUGUGUUCUCCGACGUGUUUCCACCCGGGUGGCCUUUCUCCCUCCUCACUGGCUGGUCUAUCGCCUUCCUCCUCCUCACGCUCCUCGUCGCAUUCGUCGUCCAUCGCACCGUGCGACACUGGCAGCUGCAGCUGUCCGUCGCACGGCUGAAAGCCGCGGGAUUCCUUCGCCACGCGCUCAUGCGACGCGGCGACAUGCCACUCGCCGAUCACUCGUGGUUCGUGGAACCAUCGAAGAACCUUCCUGGUCCGAUCACCUGUUGCGUGUGUAUGGAAGAGAUUGAUAAGACGAAGGAGAGAGCGGAUGGGGGGGGAGGGGGAGGGGGAGGGGGAGGAAGCAGCGGGGAAGAAGCAGCGGUAAGAGGGGGAAGGACAGGAGGAGUGGAGGGACUUGGGUGGAAAACAAAAGAGGCGGGAGAUUUUUCCGAAGGGUUGGGGAUCGGUUGUGGUAGGUGUGAAGGGGAAGAUGCGGGAAUAGCGGCGACUCCGCGGGGGAGAGCUGGGAAGAGGGGGAGAGGGAGGGGGGGAAGGUCGGGAAGGUGGCGGAACCUGGCGGAGGAAGGCGAGGGGAAGGGGGGAGGGCGGGGGGCGAUGGGGGCUGGUUUAGGAGAUGCGGACAUCCAUGGAGGGGCGAAUCAGGAGGAAGGAGGCGGAGGGGGAGGCGGAGGGGGAGGGGGGGUGGAUCGGUGCUCCGUGUGCGGAGUGACGGCGCAUGAGGAGUGCGUGGGCGCGGCGAGCAGGGACUGCAAGCGCGUGGCGAUGACGGGGCGCAGUGUGGCGCACCAGUGGGUGGAGGCGAGUCAGAUCAAGAUCGAGGAGGACCGGCACGACGAGGACCUCGUGUGCAUGCUGUGCGAUGAAGAGGUGAAGUCCGUGUUCAGCACAGGCAAGCCAGUGUGGCGCUGUGUGUGGUGUCAGCGGCUGGUGCACGUGUUCUGCCGCCCGGCAGUCAUGAAAGCCGGAGAGGACCCCUGUGACUUUGGCGCCCUGCGCCGCUCCAUCGUCUCCCCUCUCUGCGUGCGCGAGAGAGGCGCGGUUGGGAUCAGCAGCAGCGGCGGCGGUGGUUUCGGUGCUGCUGCCGGCGCUGGUGGUGGUGCUGGUGGUGGUGGGGGGGCAGGAGGAGGAGGGGGGGGUUCGGCGUUUGGUGGGUUUAAUGCAGGGGGCACGGAGAAGGGAGGAGGAGGGGAGGCUUGUGUGUUGUCCCAAGGGGAAGGUAGUGACGGGUCGUGUGAAAGGGAGGGCAGGGAGGGCAGGGGUCUGGACAGGCACCCAGUGGGUGAGAGGGGAGUUGCUGGAGGUAGAAGAGCGUCACAACUGCAGCACGAACAGCCGCACAACCGUCAGCAGCAGCAGCCGCAGCAGUUGGUGCAGCAGCAGCAGCAGCAGCAGCAGCAGCAGCAGCAGCAGCAGCAGCAGCAGCAGCAGCAGCAGCAGCAGCAGCAGCAGCAGCAGCAGCAGCAGCAGUACGAGAUAGUGAACCUGCCAGCAGACGCGCGGCCGCUGCUGGUGUUUGUGAACAAGCGCAGUGGGGCGCAGCACGGCUCUGCUCUCAAGCGCCGCUUCAACAUGCUGCUCAACCCCAUUCAGGUGGUGGAGCUAUCCAAGGACCGGGGUCCAGAGUACGGGCUCUCUCUCUUCGACCACGUGCCCAACUUCAGGGUGCUCGUGUGCGGGGGAGACGGCACGGUGGGGUGGGUGCUGGGCGCGAUAGAGAAGCGCGGGUACGACAUCCCCCCGCCCGUUGCCGUGCUGCCCAUAGGCACUGGGAACGACCUUGCCCGCGUGCUGGGAUGGGGAGGGGGGUUUGGUGCGGUGGAGCGACAGGGCGGGCUGCUGUCUGUGCUGCUGAACAUAGAAAACGCGCCCAUUGCCAUUCUAGACCGAUGGGCUGUCACCUUCCACCCCGCUGCUGGUUCUGCUGCUGCUGCUGCCAUCACUGCCUCUUCUCAAUCGUUUGCGUCUGCCUCUGCGGCUGCUGCCUCAGCUCACGCUGCUGCUGCUGCUGCAGGGCAGACAGGGGGGAAGGGCAAGGAGAGGGAGAAGGGGAAAGAGAAGGGGAAGGAGGAGGGGAAGGAGGAGGCUCCUCAGCCGAAGUAUAUGAACAAUUAUCUGGGUGUGGGGUGCGAUGCCAAGGUGGCUCUGGAGAUCCAUCUUCUAAGGGAGGAGAACCCCGAAAUGUUCUACAACCAGUUCCUGAACAAGGUGCUGUAUGCCACAGAGGGCGCUCGGGACUUUGUGGACCGCAGCUGCAGCAACCUGCCAUGGCACGUGCGCGUGGAGAUCGACGGCCGCGAGGUGGCCAUUCCAGAGGAACUAGAGGGCGUGUUGGUGCUGAACAUAGGCAGCUACAUGGGGGGAGUGGACCUGUGGCAGAACGAGGAGGAGCUGGAUGACGGGCUGGCACCGCAGCUGAUGCACGACCGGCAGGUGGAGGUGGUGGGCAUCUGCGGCGCCUGGCAUCUGGGCAAGCUGCAGGUGGGCCUAUCACGUGCCAUUCGCCUGGGCCAGGGCCGGUCCGUGCGAAUCCACACGUCUGUGACCUUCCCCGUGCAGAUCGACGGGGAGCCAUGGCUGCAGGCGCCUGCCACCAUCCACAUCGCUCACCACUCCCAGGUACCGACUCCCUCCAUGCUCGUGCAUUCCCGUGCUUACCCAUCCUCGCCCCUCCUUGUUCAUCCUCGCCCCUCCUUGUUCAUCCUCGCCCCUCCUUGUUCAUCCUCGCCCCUCCUUGUUCAUCCUCGCCCCUCCUUGUUCAUCCUCGCCCCUCCUUGUUCAUCCUCGCCCCUCCUUGUUCAUCCUCGCCCAUCCUUGUUCAUCCUCGCCCAUCCUUGUUCAUCCUCGCCCAUCCUUGUUCAUCCUCGCCCAUCUGAAUUUUUUUGUUGGACUCACAAGUACUCUCUUUCCGCUCCCUUCCCCCUUUUCUUCUACGCCCCCGCCCUCCCUCUCUUCCUCCCUCCCUCUCCCCCUGCUCCAGGCGUUCAUGCUGAGGAGGACGGAGCAUGCAGCGACAGUGCUGAGCGAGGCAGUGGAUGCACUCACAGCCAGGGGCGUCAUCACCGCCGCUCAGAAGCACUUAUUCUGGGCUUCUCUCAUACCCCUUUGCUCCUCCCUCCCAAUCUUCCCUCCUUCCCCUCCUCUCCGUCCUCUCCCUCCUUCCUUCCUCUCCCUCCUCCCCUCCCUCUCCCCCCUCCCCUCUCCCUCCCCCCAUCCUAG